CACUUUGAACUUUGUGAGUCGGGCUGAAAAGUGUGCGUCUUGCUUUCCGUAUGUGCUUUGAUCAUCAUCUUAAGUCUUGAGAUAUUUCCUGAAUCGUGGAUGCACAACACUUCUGGAUGGAGAGGCAUUUGAAGCAGAAAUGGACAGUUUGAAUAACAGUGAGGGGAAGGUUUCAAUAGGAAUGCCAUCUAAGUCUUCUUUUUUCACAUUCGUGCCAGUGGUGCAGACAUUACCAAUUGAAAGCAUUGUUACUGAGGAGGAGAGAUCUGGAGCUCUGACAGGAAAACCAAGUAAGAGCGUCGCUGUGUCCCACGAGAAGACAACCGGGCCGACCACGUCAAACAGGGAGAUUUUAAAAGCAGAGAUUGUCUUUAUCAAAGACUUUGCAGAGAGAGGAGCAGGAAACACAACCCAACCAGGGACAAAACAUCAACCGUCACUGGAUCACGUGAGCCUCUCUCAAACCAAAGUCUCUUCUUCAGUCGCUGUUCAAUCUGAAAAUAUCCCCAACCACGUAGCUGCCGGGACAGCCUCUAUGGAAACAGCUGCUGAUAAACACAGGGGCAUUUCCCAGCAGCAGUGUCACGAUACCUCUGGACUUGCUGAGGUUAGCUCUGGUUACUUUGUGAAUAGAGCGCAUGUGUCAGAAGACAGAAUGAGCCCCACACACUCUGCAGACCUGUUCCCCACCCCGGCUUCCUCCAGAGAGUCCAUCCUCUCAGAGUGCUCGGACGGAGAGAAGAGCUGGUCGGCUGUGCAGCUUUCCUGUGUCACCUCUCCUGUUUCUUUCAGCCGAAUCGGUUCUCCCUGCUCAUCUGUCUGCUCUGGCAUCUUCUACCCCGCUGUUGUCCAGAUCAAGAGGCACUUUCUCGCUCCUGGCUCUAGUCUGGUUCACACCCCUGGUUUCUCAUCCUGCGAGAGCUUGUCCUCUGUCUGUGCCCAAUCCCCUCCUCCUCCUCCUCCCCGGCACCGGCCUCCUCUCACCCGACUCUCCCUCCUCACAGCCAUCCUAAGAAAAGGCCGCCUUCCUGUCCUGUCCUCUGCAAUUCAGAGGCCUUACACCCCCUGCUGGCCUGUUAACCCUGUGACCCUAUCCUUCUGUAAUGCAUGCUCAGCAGCAUCCAGUGUGGCCUCCAUUCCCUUUGACUUUUCCUCUCAGUUAUCCUCAUCAGCGUCUUUAGAUAGUCAGAGCCAUGAUCACAGGGAGCCUAAUAGAUGCGUCACAGCUCCUCCACCUGUGCAAUCAAAUGAGCUCCGCAGAAUGUGCCCUCCAACCCAAGUGAAAAGAUGCUCGGAGCAAAUUCGCUCAAGCUGUGCGCCUCGAUGGGAGCAGGUUAUUUCACCCCUGGCAGUGAAGAGCACACUACCCCGAGCUCCACCUCUAUUUUGCUCAAACUUUAAAUCUGUUUCUCCACCUAAGCAUGAAGAAAUUGACGAUGCAAUUUCAAAAAAGCUGCAACGCACACACAAGUCCCCUGAGCUAAAGCUCAUAAACAUUGACAAGGGCCCUGCAGAUAAUAACCUUAAAAAACUCAUCUCCCCGUCCACUAAAGUUAUGUAUGAGCAAGAGACCUCUGCGCCCCACAAAUGGAGUCGCCCGCCAAAUUCAUCUUUCACAAGGCUUCACUCUCUUUCUCAACAACUGAGAUCUCCACCGGUCUGCCCCCCUCGGCUUCAGCCUUCUCAAUCACGCUCACCCGGUGACACAGCAUCAUCACCUGCACAAAAUACCACAGGGAGGUAUGAGUCAGGGAGGAGCUGCCCUGAUUCCAAAAGUCCCUCAGCAUUAGCUGCUUUUCACAAAACUCACUGUCUGUCUCCUUCCCGCUACACAACCAUCGCUUUUCCCGGAUGGCCGUCACCCACCAGCUCCCCGACGCCUACGCCCUCUCCUGCUCCACCAAUCAGAGACUUCACCCCCUCCCCUUCUCUCUCCAUGCGCUCCACGCCCUCCCCAAGGCCCGGGAGUGGAAUAUCAGACUGCAGUGACAGGGAGGGUAAAAAAAGAAAGACACACAAGAUUAAAUUAAGCUACAAAUCGCUCGCUGCAAUUCCUACAAACACCCUUCUAUUGGAUCAGCAGGCAAUAGAUGAGCAGGUAGAGAGAGAAGAGAGUCCAUGUGACAGUUUGGACGGAGGUGAAACAUUUGACAGAGGUAUUGCAGACACCCACGCUAAGAUGUGUUCACCCGCUGAGCUCCGGCAACAGUCAGAGGAACUUUAUGCCGUUAUUGAUGAGCUACUGGCAAAUACCACUCCAGCAAGCCAAUCAUCCCGGUCACAGCAGCCCUCCCGGUCAUUAACUACCGACGUUGGUCUAAAGCAGAACAACUCAUCAUUUACAAAAACCUUGGGACGUGAGACCAAAUAUGCAUCUGUAUGCAGCUUGCACCCAUCUACCGGUGUGGAAAGAAAGCUCAUGAAUCCUAAAAAGACAAAGCCCGAGGUUAUUCGCCCAAUGACGGCCAUUCCAAGACUGACAGUGGAGGAUGAAGAAAAAUUUCAUCCGAGACCUUUCCAGCAGUUUGUCGUCAAACCGACUGACAACAAAAAGGUGGAAAGUACGAGUCUUAAAGAGGCAAGAGAAGAUUGCUACACAAGUUCAAAAAGGCAAAAGUUUGGAGAAGAGAAGAAGCCUGAGAGAAGAGGUCCACUCUCAGUAUUUGAUCUGCAGAUAACAGAGCCUGAUGACCAGAUAAAUCCCCCUUUCAGUCCAACUGAAGGGCAGAUGGAAGCUUUAUUAUGACUCAUAUUUAAAGAAUUAACACCAAAGUAUUAACUCUUUAUCCUACACUAUUUUAUUUUUUAAUGAACUACUAAAACACAACCAGUAAGUGACUCUUUGCUAAGCCCCGCCCUUUGCUGCUACUUUGCAAGCUGCUAGAGCUACCAUGGAGUCCACACUAUCACUCCCUGAAUAAAUAUUCUCAAUUUUUUUUGAUUUCAGAGAGAAGCAGACAGAAAGGUAUACAAUGUGCGUUUGAAGGAUAUAUCCAGUAGGGUAAGCUGAUUCAGCAGCGAAAACAGGUUGAAAAGAUAGUGAACCACCACAUCACCUGGCGAUCAAGACAAAAGACCAUGAAAUUAAGGAACCACACUGUUCCUUUAAAGAUGGUUAGGUCUUUACUCACUAUUCAAAUUAUUUUUUCAAAAGCAGCAUGUGUGUACAUUCAGUUUACCUUCACUAACUAGCGUAGCAUAGAACUCCUUACCGACUCUGCUUUUGUUAACUCCACAUGUUUUUACGUAGAAAUUUAACAAUUUGAAAAACAUGUAUCUCCUUCCAACCUCUCUGGGUAACUACAAAGUAUCACUUUUACACAAUGUUUGACCAUGACUAGCACCAAAUCCACAAAACGAGCCUGAAAAUGAAGAAAAUAAAUAACCAUUGCAUGAGUCUAUGGAGCAGAGCCGAUGUUAUGCUAUCAGUCUGCAUGGUCAGAUUUAGGGUCAGGAUUUAGCGCAGGGUCAAUACGACCUGAACUAGCGAAUUCAUAAAAAUGAACAAAAACUCAAAAAAAUACUAUUUUAAUAUUGUCAUGAUUUGUGGAAAAGCUGUAAUAUUUAAUAAAGGACAUCCAUAUUUUCCCUAUGCUCUUGAGUUUUACAUCUGUCUGUUAUUUGUAAAUUUCCAUAUCAGUAAAGAAAACCACAAGCGAAUGACAGGAUAAAAGGUCUGAUGAUGCUUGAUAAAAGGUAUGGGUAUAUAUAUAUAUAUAUAUAUAUAUAUAUAUAUAUAAUGGGUAUGCAGGCAUGUCAUUCAUUGGAUGAUCCUUCAUGUUCUCAUUUGCAGAGCAGGAGUGCGACAAGACAAGACAAGUUUAUUCAUAAAGCACAUUUCAGCAACAACCAAGAAUUCAAAGCUCUUUAGAUGAAACAUUAAAACCAUGGAGACAAAGUACAAAAGAAACCUAUUGUAAGAGAUAAUAUAAGAUGGAAUAGAACAUAUAGAAUACAUCAAAUAAGAUAGAAACCCAUCAAAUAAUAAUAAUAAAUAUUAAAAUCAGUCUACUCUGUUCUUCAGUGGUGGAGAUUUGAAUUUUUUAAGACAAAAAAUUACUUGUCUCAUGUCAUUUUACACUUAUUUGUUGGAUUUAGUUCAAAUUUGUACUAAUAGUACAGCCAAAGACAUCAGUAUAACUUAGUUUUAAGCUCCAUAGACUCUCAUACAAUCAUUUCAGAUUUAUUUCAUUUUCAGGUUGGUUUUAUGGAUUUCUUACAUUGUGCCUGGGGCACAUGUGAUAGUGAUACUCGUUAUCCAGAGAGUUUGGGAGGAGAUAUAUACGGUUAUGAAAUGUUACAUUUCUAAUUUAAACCUGUGAAGCUAACAAUAGCAGAAUACAUCAACACAACAGCUAGCUCCAACAGCUUGACUAGCAGCGGGGGGCGGGCCAAGUUAUUUCUGUUGUUUUAUCUUCUUCUCUUUUUCUUGUCCGCGGUACAUCUUUAUGAUGUAGGUCAUCAGACAGCCCUUUCAGAUGGGGAACUGAAGCCAUUAUAUCACUGUCCUCAAACCCACCAGACUCCGUUCACAAUACAUUAAUUUUACCCCACAGAACAGGGAAGUUGCAGGUCUACUGCUGCAUGGAUCGGUUAGUUUGUUUUUGUUAUUGUGUGACUUCCAGAUACAAACUAACGUGGUGUCCACACAGUAGUUAAUUGCUUAGCUUCCAUUCUGCUUCUCCAAACAGGGAGCAUGCCAACGGCCAUCUCAGUUACAGUAGGUAAUACACACUGACUAAGGAUAUGUACAUGUGACCAAAAUUUAAAUGUUCAGAAACCCAGAUUUAAGGGGCCCCGUCCUUUUAAAUUAAAAAGCGUUCAUUUUCAAAUUGUAAGAAGUGAAGUGGUUAAUACUGCCUUCUGAAAAAGUGUGGGGGAAUAUGUCCCCUGUGUCCCCCCUACCUGCGUAGAUUUGCUCCUGUGACGUCAUUCCCAGCUCCUAAUUCCUAUUUCCGUGUUUAAUAGAAUGCUGCAUUAUUAUCUCAAAUCUAAUGGCCAACCACUGACAUCAACAUAUAGCUACAUCUGUGGUGGAGAUUUGCAUUUUUAAGACUAAAACUCAAGCGCACUCCAAAAAAGUAUAAAAAAUACACAAACAGAACCUCCUAUUCCCGAAGGACACAGCCUCUCCAUCGGUCUAGAGUCUACAACAAAAUAAACAAUUUAUUUACAGGCAGAUCAUUUGAUUCCUCUCUUGGAUAAACCUGUUUGUGUCAACACUGUGAUUGACAUCUGAUGUCCCCUGUGAUGAUCAUUUUCGGCUGGUUGGCUUUAGCCACCUGGAACCCUCUAAAAGAUUACGCAGGUAUAGCUAACGGAUGGAUGUUCUCACGCCUGAUUAGAAAUCUUCAAAGAAAAAACUACUCAACCUCAAAAGGGCUCUUGAAGAAAGGGGGGUUAGUGCAGUGCAGAUGAUUGAUGCACUCACAGCCUUCACUACACUGUGGACUUCACAGCAGAGUAGUCUGACAGCAAAUGUGUGCCCGCAAUCAAAGUCAAGGAUGUUGAAGCGAUGUUAUAAAAAUAGCUUGAAUGGCAGCUAACUAAUGGCCUCAACCUUAAAUUCAAUAGCUUAGAGAUCUGUGAUUUUGUUGUUGGACAUGUAAGCUUAAUUUAUCUGUGAGGCACAUUUAAAACAUGGUUAAUUUCAGGGAAGAUUAAGUCUAGGUCUAGUUGAGUACUUUGAGUACUUCUCAAUGGGAAAAAAAAUACAAUUAUCAGGAUCGCUUUUGCAAGCAGAAGGAUUCAGGAUUUCUUUAUUGAUCAAAUAGGAUUUGAGCUCUGGUUAGCUUAAUUUGACAUGAAGCAUGCCUUCUGUUGUGUGCUCAGCAAACAGCAAGUUCCUGAAUCAAGAACUGAUGGAUGUGUAUUUGGAUCACUGCUGGCUGCAUAAGAGACAGUUUAACUAUCUCUAAAAUAGAGAAUAACUGACAUGUGAUUGCAACUGUAAACAAGGAUACAAGCUGUUCCUCUGCCCUCCAUAAAAGCUAGAGUCCUCCUCAUGGGUGUCCAGAUAACAGCAAAGGCUCUGUCACUGACCAAAUCUCAGACUUUCCAAGACAGCAAUAUUGAGAUAUUGGUAUCCAUGGCCUAUCACAUUUCACUCCUUUUUUUGCCUUCUUACACCCUAUUACCACAUCACAGUCUGCAUCAAAGUAAAUAAUUGGUAACUCUGCAGCUGUUUUCGCAGCAUGACAGGAUGACUUCUUGAAAGAAUGAGGUAUUAUUCUGACACACAAUUAUUCUGAAGCACACUGAGUCUCCGUUGUAGGGCUCUCAGCAGGGUUUUAUGCUGCUCUCUCCUGUUUGUCAGAUCAAAAAAAUAAUUAAACGGUGAGAAGAAAAAGGAAGAAACCUUAGCGAGAGCAACUGAGGAG